GGUGUAAUGAACUAUUACCACACGCAAUACUUGAUUGACAUGAUACGGUACGGUUCAGAGACGAUUUCCCACCUGCAGAUCAACGUUCCAGAUCAGUUUGUUGUACCAGAAGUCAGAGAACACUUGUAUGUGCCAGGAUCCGGGCUUGCACAAGUCAGUCUUUUCCGUGAUGUUGUGACCCCUGGGUUCUUCAAGCUGUACAUGAACUGUGAGGACAUCUUCCGCAAGCCGUACGGUGCUGGUGAGAUGAACAUGUUCAACUUUGCGUACAACCUGCUCUCGCUCAGGUUCAUGAAGACCAACCAACAGUUGCCCCAGGAAACCCUGAUCACAGCUCUACAGUACCUAAAUGUUGGUCUGCAGCGACAGCUUAGCUACAUGAACAUAGACGGCUCAUUCCGCAUGUUCCAAGAUGACGAGGACUCUACCAGCAUCUGGCUGUCCGCGUUUGUUGCCAACACGCUUCAUGAGGCCAGGUUCGGGGAGUGGAAACAUGAUAUAUACAUCCCAAUCAAUCUGAUUGACAAGAUCGUGGUGUGGUUGUGCUCGAAGCAGAACGAGACCGGAGCUUGGUACCCUGAUAACCAGAUCUUCGACAGGAAGUUUGCUUCAGUCAAAGCAGGUUCUGGUGCUUUGUUCGGUGAUCCUGUGCCACUGACUGCCUAUGUCCUGAUUGCAUUGUACAAGAUUGAAACUGACGUCUCUGGGGCUGCCCUGACAUGCAUCGACAAAACCAGGACUCUCGCGUCUGAGUACCUGCUGAGAGAAUCCUACAACAUUGACAAUAAGGAGGUGCAUUUCCUUGCCAUCACUGCUUAUGCUCUUUCCCUGAGAUAUAAGAAGAGUAGAACUAUCUGCAACGAGAUAUACUUCUCUAACGCUGCCAUUCCCGACAACCCGUCUGAGUUGAUCAACGCUCUCCGCUUCCUUAGACCACGCAUGGAGCAGAGUAAUGAUGCCUACGCAGUGCAGGCCACUGCCUACGCUCUCAUGGCCCACAUCGAGCACAACGGAAUGGGUCUCGAUCAGGAAACAAAGAUCCAACGGGACGCCAUGAUGCGUUGGCUCAACAACGAACGCAAUUUCAUCGGAGGAAUGGCUUCCACUCAGGACACGCUGAUCGCGAUGGAGGCGCUGUUUGAGUACACUCAGGUGGACCCAAACCGUAACGUGUACAACAUGCUGAUCAAAAUGGAGACCUCCUCCACUCCCACCUGGUCCACAUACUUCUCCCUGUCCAAGACCAACUACACCAUCAUGCAGAGCAGCUAUAUCCCCCAGGGUUUUACAUACGGUACCAUUGGAGUGCAGGCUGUGGGUGUUGGCCGGUCCAUGAUGCAGCUUACGACCACUGUACAUGUUGAGUAUCCGUGGUUACUGAAGAAAACGGUCGACGAAAUCCAGUUCUUUGAGUUGACAGCAGAGAACAUAAGAUUCACCGGCAGGAACGCCUCCAUCAUGGAGAUGACACCUUGCGUCAGGUGGGUGUACACUGAGCGCAGUCAGCAGUCCGGCCUCACAGUGCUGGAGAUAGACCUUCCCACUGGGUUUGUGAUCAUGAACCACACCCUGCAAGACUAUGUGCGCUCCAAACAGGUGCCCAACUUGAAGAGGGCAGAGAUGUACUAUAAUAAAGUGGUCUUCUACUUCUCACAUGUGGAUACCAGUAGGACGUGUGUGAAGUUCCGUGCAGAUCGGUGGUACCCAGUAGGUAACGGCACCAUCCAGCACAGGUACCGCGUCUAUGACUACUAUGAACCAGGCAUGCACAACACAUCGAUCUGGACGACGUACAACCACUUCAUCCUGAACAUCUGCUACGUGUGUGGUUCAUACCAAUGCCCUUAUAGCAAUGCCACUGACAAUGACAAUAGCCCUUCCGUCAAUGGGGCCGACAAUAGCCCUUCCGUCAAUGGGGCCGAUGUCCUCAAGGCCACCUGCACGUGUGUGGCGCUCGUGUUAGGCUUCUUGAUGAAACGUUUCAUCGUGCGGAUUCAUUAGUGCUUUAACAGAUUUUGUAUAUAGAUCUCUCAGAAAAUGAUUCACUAUGGAGUAUUGAAUUUAAUUUUUAUGUGACACGUCCCAUUAUUUUUAUAAAGUGUGUCAGCAUAUCUGCGAUACGCAUUGAUAUGUUUGAUGUGACACAAACAUGUUUACACUAGUAAUGUCCCCAGAUUUGUAAUACAAUUGUUCAUUUCUGUGCAGAGGAAAGGUGUAGUCGUGAUACAGCAAAAUUAAGUCAAGGUUGUGUGUAUUUGCAAUCAGAAGUUGUUGUUUUUUAAAUCGUGUUUUCAUUUGCAUGGGUACACUUAAAAAUAAUCCGUAUUUUGUUUGAUGAGUACUUGAGGUUUAAAUUUAAGGUUUGCAUGCUACAGUGCCGCGAAGAAAUUCAAAUGGAUGUUUGUAUGUCUUUUACAGAUGUAAGUGAUGUACAUGAGAUUUAAAAAUUAUUUUUUUAAGGAAAUUUUACACUCAUCAAUUAUAAAAGCAAUUUAAUAUCAUAAUAGUGGGUUAUAUUUAAUGAAGCAUUGAUUCGGUUGAUGAAUUGCAUUUUAAAUCUGUCUGGGUAGAUAAUAAGAUGACUUUUUUAACCAUAACCUGAUAUAUGUUAUACAUAAAUAUGUCAUAUCAUGAUCUUUUAAUAAUUGUUUCAUUGUAAUUACCAUUUUGUGUAUUUUGUACUCAUUUACUUUACUAAUUGAUAAAUAGAGUUGUAUAUAUAUAUGUAUAACACACAUAUAUUUAGUUUUGUAAUAUGCUGUAUAUAUAUUUUCUCUUUUUCUACAUUUUGAACUGUAUGUAUUAUUGAAUUUUUAUCUCAUAUUCAUAUUUUAUUGUGAUGUAAUCACAAUCAGUACUGUUAGGUAAGUGUGUUGAAUCGAUAUUCUAACAUCCUAUAUUCCAAAUCAGGUACAAGAGUGUUUAAUUGUUUCAAAUAUUAGGUUCAAACAUAUGUACCACUUUGUAUUUUCCGACUAAAUUAGUGUAACAUAACUUUCCAAAACGGUUUUGUGCUUUUCAAUAUAUUUUGCUCACUAAUGUAUGUGUGCAAUAGAAACGUGUCAUUUUUAAUUGAUCAUAAUUUAUCAUGUGAAUUGAUUUAUUGACUGAAGAUUGUUUAAACGUUGUCUUAAACUCUUGAAAUGUUUGAAAUAACUUCUCUUUCCUGGAGUAUGUAGUUGUCUGCAUUUUCACAAGUGUCUCUUGGUUUAUGCAUCAAGCACACAAAACAGGUCAUGAAACUACUUGAACACUAUAUAUUCCUCUUAUUUGAAACGAAAUGUUUCUGAAGCUGUUUUUCAACAGCUUUAUUGUUGCAAUUAAUUAAUAUUUAUAAAAAUAUAUUUGGUGAUUUGGAACAUUUUAAUUUAAACAUCAACAAAUUUGUCGGAAAUAUUUUGAUUUUUAAGGCAAGCCUGAUAUAUGUUGUCUAAUUCUUAUUGAUAGACAUGCAACCAUACAUUGGUUAUUUACAGAUAAACAUCAUAUUACUAUCGCGACUAUUGUGUAUGUACCUUACUCAUAGACAUAUACCUAGCAAGUUAAGGCGUCAUUUUGUACUGCAUACAUUCCAUA